UGGGACGAGCGUUUGUGCAGCUGCAACCGACCACCUGAACAUCCACUUUUCACCUUGCGAAAGCUUUUCACUUUUAUUGACGGUUUCCAGGCUUAUUGCUCCAGUUUUAUUUUUCCAAAUACCUUUCAGAGUGUCAAGAAAGACCAUAAUGUUUAGGGCACAUAUGAGUGUGACAAGAAUAUGGCAGCUCAUAGAAAAGAGGAUGAUGUCGUGCAUCAGUGUGCGUGGGAAACUGCCCGGGCUUCAGCGUGCUGUUGGUGAAGUUCGGAGGAAGAGCAGCUUUAGACAAAGCCCUUUGCUGUCAGCCGCUCCUGUUCGUGCGCUCAUAGAUGAACAGAUCAGCAUUAAAGGGCGUUUCCUGUCUCAAAAUUAUCCUGUCACAGUAUGCGCACAAAUGCACAGUGAGGAGGGAGAUCUGUGGGAGGCGUUUGCUCAUUAUACAACAAAUGCGAGCAGGAGCAUCAACUUGACCAGCGAUCAUUCAGUUGGAGGUUCUUAUUUAGGCUGUGAGCCGAUGGGACUCUUCUGGGCUUUGGAGCCUGCACUCAGAAGCAGAGAAAGUUUGAGGCUUAGGAAAAGAAACGUGGAGACGCCAUACAUAGUGAACAUCUCCUUACUGGAGGGCCACACUUCACCCAGUGAGGGGCAGAGCACUGAGCUGGCAGCUGUAACCGUUGAGCGCUGGUACAUGGCGCCAGGAGUGAGGAGAAUAGAGAUUCGUCAGAACAAAAUUGUAGGAACAUUAUUCUUACCCCCUGGCCCGGGCCCUUUUCCUGCUAUGCUGGAUCUGUGGGGAAUGGGUGGAGGACUGUCGGAGGACCGCUCUGCACUUUUUGCCUCCAGGGGAUUCGCGAGUCUUUCUGUUGCCUACAUGGGGCACAAAGACUUACCUGGACCACCAGACAUAAUGAGUGUUGCCGAUUUGUAUUUCAAAUCAGCCUUCCAGCUACUUCAAGAUCACUGUCAGGUCGAUGCAGACAGAAUUGGGGUCAUUGGCCUCUCCUUUGGAGUCUGUCUGACCCUUCGCAUCGCCACUAGGAUUGGUGUUAAACCAUCAUGUUUGAUUUGUAUUAACGGGCCAGUAGGAAGCCCGCUGUUAGAUGAAGAUGGCAAGACCAAAACGAUUGAGAGUGACCAGAAACAUUGGGAGCUCGAUGAUCGAGGCCGUGUGAGUUUCAGACAUGUCUCUCUGCCGGAUAAUCUGCCCCCUGAGAACAAACAGAAGGUAAAGAACAUCACCUGUCCUCUCAUGUACAUAGUGGGUGAAGACGAUCUGUGUGCUGCAAGCACAGAGAAUGCAGAUGUGAUUGAGGAGGCCCUGAGGUCUGCAGGUAAAUCCCAGCUGUUUACCCGCUUGUCAUAUCCCGGUGCCGGUCACCUGAUCGAGCCACCCUACGCACCGUGUGCAAGAGUGUCUCUAUGGAGAGCCAAACCAGAGAAAUUAUUCACUCUGUGGGGAGGUCACCCCGCACCCCACGCUGCUGCUCAAGAAGAUUCCUGGAAGAGGAUCCUAGAGUUUAUGGAAACCCAUCUGAGGCGGUGAAUCUCCACAUGGACAAUAAUCCAUCGUUAACAUGAUUCUGAAAUCCUGCAUUUGUUUGAGCUGUGAAAGAUGUCCUACGACUGGUG